AAGUGCUCUACUGGUGUGAUAUGGUACUAUGAAGUCUUCAAGAUAAGAUGAGGCCUGAUUAUUCAGGACUUUGUGUGUGAGACGAAAGAUAAAGUAAAUUUAAAGUUGAUUCUGGAUUUAACAGGGAGCCAAUGAAGAGAAGCCAAUAUGGGAGAAAAAUGCUCUGUCUUUCAUUUGUCAGAAUGUUUCCCAUCAAAUAUGACUUAAGGUGAAGUAUUGAGAUCCAUGUUGUGCAUGGAGAGAAAAAAGCAGUCAACAUUAAAGAAGUAAUGGGCUUACACCUGAUUUAUGUGACUCCCCCUCCCUCCCAAUCCAACCGUCUCUAUUUAUAGAGCUCUUUGUAGCAGGUCUGAAUUUGACCUGUCCCUGUAAUAAUAUCUGCCCAUAAAGAGAGACAGUUACAUCCCAUAACCUCUCCCCUUGAAGCCUCUCUUUUCAAAGAUCUUUUUAUAGGAGACAGAAACCCCUGGGCAGCCCCGGUCUCUGGCUGGUCACAGACCUGAGGUCAGCUCCUGAGGGGCAGCAGGGAAAAUCCGACCAGUUGAACCACGGAGGGGGUUGAAGAGGCAGGACACGAGGGUCCAACUGGCCCCUGGUACCGGCAGGGGGUCCCUACCAUCACCCUGGUGAUGUCUUCCACCCUGAUGUGUUUACUGUCAGAGGUCAGCCCUGGCUGUCCAAAGUUAACAAAGACUCACUCUGUCAGAGGUGCUGUUGGUAUAUUACCCAGAUGACCUGUAUAACCUGCACAGAGACCUCUGCUAUGUAGAUUUUUGUGAGAUAAGAAAUUGUGCUUGUGCUAACAUUUCUCUCGCCCCAAGUCUGACUCAUUAUUAUUAUUAUUAUUAUUAAUGUCUUUCAUGGGACAGGGUUUUCUCCUUCAUCAAACACACAGAUGGUGGCAGUUUAUUCUUUUGACCCAAUUCCAGUGUUUAUUCAUUGCUUUUCAAGUGUUACAGCUUCCUCAUAAAGCUGGUCGAGUUUACAUGACAAAUUUUCCAUAUGUCCUCCCUGAGAAACUGUAGGAGUAUCUGCUGGGCUAAACGGCUGUUCAACUUUUUGCCGGGAUAGCGUGUUUGAAAUAGACACAAUGGGAAUGUGCAGGAUGUGACAGAAUUUGAAGGCGGUAAAGUGGCCUUUGAAUGAUGAGUAAUCCCUUAGUCAUCAUGGCCUCUUCCAAUUUUCUCUUUUAUUAACCUUGAUGGGAAAAGAGGCAUCAAGGGAGAAAGUCUCACAGCACCUUUAGCAAACAGGCUGAUCAAAGUGGUUUCCAUCUUUGUACUGUACUUUUUUUCCCUUCUUUUUUGGAUCCCUGUCCGGUGAGACAACAAGGACACACACAGACACCUACUGUCUCUCUUUCAAGAACAUAGGCAGGCAUCUUGCACAAAGGGUCCCUUGUGGUGGCUCAUUUGAACACUAAAGACCCCUCCAAAACACCACUGAGUCUGUCCAAUAAACACUAUCAACACUACUGUAGCCACCACGGUACAAAUAAAGGAAGUGCAGCUUCUAAAAUGUCCAUCUUGAUGGACAUUUUGGCUGCCUGAGCUGCUUUCCAACCCCCUUUUCGUGUUAUCUCAACAGUGCAGUUAAGGAGUAGAGAGCUUCAUAGUCAGAAGUGCAAAGAGGACUUAUUCUUGUGCUGCUUAAAUGAUGUGAUAACAUCUGUCAGUGAACUUAUCCACAGUGAGCAGAUGUUUUAAUCUGCGGUGUAUGCACGUGCCCUUCUAAGCCACUGGUAGGAGCUGUGGAGUGAUAACAGCACUGUGAUUUCCUUUCCUAUGGCAACACACUGUAUCUUUAUAAGCACUAGAGAUGGUAAAGUGACUGUCCUUGAGUCAAAACACACGUUUCCAUUGUUGGGAAUUCCCUUCAGUAUCUUUGAAUCCUGCAGCGGUUCAAUGAAACUUUCAUUACUCUGCAGGAUGUUUGCCCCCCAGCCAACCCCCUAAAAAAAACCCAAAUCAUAUUUGUCCAUAUUACACGUGCUAUUUUGAAACGCGCCGUUGCAUUUAUUGUGCAACCCCAUGAAAGAAAAGAAAAGGAAAAAAUGCCCGCGUCUUUAAAGUUUAUGUAGCAACAGAGGGAUUGUAGCGAUAAUGCCAUUGGGGCGGCAGAUCAGUUACUUCUGACGCUCCAAAGCCUCGGGGAGUUGGCUCAAGAUUGCCUGUCUUUGAUAAGGUCCUCACACUGUAGCUACAACUUCGUGGUCUAAGGAAAGCUUGCCAAAAGAUGUGGAGGGAAAGGUCAGGAAAUAAACCGAGCAGCUUUUAAACAAUAUUUCAUCACCAGUAACUGCACAAAACUGUGGGGUCUCCACCACUUGUUUCGCUUUUUUCUUUUCUUUUCUUUUUUUUUUUGAAGGCACGAGGUUGCAAUUGUUUUUUAUGCAGCUGCCGGGACCCGGCAGUCGGUUCCUCACUUUGAAGUGCGCUGCUCCAGCCUCUCGGUUCAGUUGGUGUUGGAGUCGCCUACAGGAGAGAUCUACCGUGCGGCAUGGCAGCCUGAAACCAUAGGGAGGAGAAAAGGAGGAGGCUGAAAAGCGAUAUAUAUAUUUUUCUUCCUCUCUCGAGUGCAUUUUUCUCUCUGUAAACCGACUCGAACCUGAACGGACUGUAUGUGGACGCGCUAAGGAGACCAGCAUUGUGGAUUAUAAGCGAAUUUUUGUAUGUGUGUGUAUGUAUUUGUGGAGGGAGAAGGGAAAAAAAGAAGAAACCCGGAGUUUUAAUUCGAGCUGAAGAACUCGUGGAUCGAUGAGAGAAGCCGGGCAGCCAGAGAGAAGCCCCCCCGCUGACAUAAGAGAGUGAGGAGAUUACAGUAGAAGCUCAGAGGAGGUGGAACAGCACACACGCGGGCUCUCUCCUUUCUGCCGUCAGAGCCAUGAGCCGGGCGCUUAUGGACCAUAUCGCCAGUAGUUUUCGCGAAGAUGCGCCUCGACCCCCUGUGCCCGGGGAGGAGGGCGACGCGCCCUGCUACCCCGGCAAACUCCCAGUAAUGAAACCCCUGGAGUCCCCCAAAUCCGUUCUGCUCGGCUCUCCGGGUUCCUCUGCGAGGAGGAACGAGGAUGGUCUCGGGGAGCCAGAGGGGAGUGCCUCCCCGGAUUCCCCGCUUUCCCGGUGGACAAAGUCUCUGCACUCUCUCCUCGGGGACCAGGACGGCGCUCUUCUUUUUAGGACAUUCCUGGAGCGAGAAAAAUGUGUGGACACUUUAGACUUUUGGUUCGCCUGCAAUGGAUUCAGGCAGAUGGACCUCAAGGAUACCAAAACGCAGAGAGUCGCCAAAGCAAUUUACAAGCGCUACAUCGAAAACAACAGCAUUGUCGCCAAACAGCUGAAGCCCGCGACGAAAACCUACAUACGGGAUAAUAUUAAGAAGCAACACAUAGACUCUGCCAUGUUCGACCAGGCGCAGACCGAGAUCCAGACCGACAUGGAGGAGAACGCGUACCAGAUGUUUCUGACCUCUGACAUUUACCUCGAGUUCGUGAGAACUGGGGGAGAGAACCCGAGUCAUGUCAACUCGAACGGGCUGGCGGACCUGAAAGUUGUAUGUGGAUACCUGCCCACGCUCAACGAGGAGGAGGAGUGGAGUUGUGAUUUGAAAGCUAAAGCACUUAUUGGACUUUCGGCUAAAGCGCAGAGGGCCCCCAUUUCCCUGAGGGCAGUGGAGGUGAUGGACGGGGGAUUCAGGUCAUACAAGAGAGGAGACUCACUCAACCCCUGCCAUUCAGGCUCUUUCGCUCCUGUCAGCAGCACGAAUGACAGUGAGGUUUCCAGUGACGCCUUGACUGAUGACGCCAUGUCCGUGACUGACAGCAGUGUAGAUGGCAUCCCUCCAUAUAAACUGGGCUCCAAGAAGCAGCUACAGAGGGAGAUGCAGCGAAACAUGAGGAUGAACAGCCAAGUCUCGCUGCCUGCUUUUCCUCGUACUCGCCAUCCACCAAAAGAGAUGAUACCAAUGGAGCCAGCACAGUUUGCAGCCCAGCUCAUCGCCCGCCUGGAGAACCUGAAGAGGCAGCAGGAAACCAUGAACACAUUGGAGGAGAGGCUGCAGCAGAUUCAGGAGGAGGAGGAAAGAGAAGAUGCCGAGAUCAUGGGAAGUGCUCCCGCGCUCUCACCCCACUCCUUACCCCUCCUCUCUGGCUCCUCUGACGAGGACCCCCAGGCCAUCCUGGACGAACACCUUUCCCGCGUCCUGAAGACCCCCGGGUGCCAGUCCCCGGCCGUGAUCCGGCAUUCCCCUCGAUCCAGCUCGCCAGAACACCGGCCUUUCACAUGCGCUGGCUUCAGUGUCAAGGGCCUGGUGAGAACCGGGCCCUCCAGUUCGUCUGCAUCCAGUCCCGACCAAGGGGCGAUUACCCUGUCCCUGGGUCCCAACAGAACCCUCGUAAGCAGGCAGAGCACGAAACACAUCCACCAUCACUACAUCCACCAUCACGCUGGUCCGAAGUCUAAAGAGCAGAUCGAAAGGGAGGCAGCCCUCAGGGUGCACAGCGUGUGCUCCGGCAGCAGCGAGUGCCAGCCCUGUCAGCCGUACCAGCGCAGCCGCAGCCUAGGCAGAGAGAUGUGUGGGGCCAUCACCACAGACAACAGCAUGGGGCGUUCAAGCUCUCUAUCGAGGCGGGUGUGCCGCUCAGGGGCUGAGGAUGGAGUAGCGGAGAGGUGCAUGGAGGACUGUGGACCCUUACAGCUGCCCACUGACACAGCAGAUCCCACCCAGAAUGUGCUGCAGUGGAUCCUGGAAAGUAAACGACAGGGCAGACACAAGUCUCACAGUACCCAGAGCACCAAGAAAUCCUUUGGAGGCUCAUCUACUCAGACACACACGUGGGGCGGGGGUGGAAGCUGCGGCCACCUACGUGGUCACCAGCCGGCCCAGCCAUUCAUCCAAGACCCAGCUAUGCCUCCGCUCCCUCCUCCCAACACUUUGGCGCAGCUGGAGGAGGCCUGCCGCAGACUGGAGGAGGUAUCCACCAAGCCCACCAAGCAAAGGCAUUCAGCGUCCAGCCUUCAGCGAGAGAAGACCCACCUCAUGCCUGUUCAGGACGGGGCGUCUGUCCCCCUGCCGCUCGUCAGUCCCAGCCCCGCUGGCGUCCCCGCGACCAGUCUCCAAUCAGAAGAGUGUAAGAAGGGUUCAGGAAGCCACGCGGUGAGCAGCGGGGAGACAGUGGUGACGUACUUCUUCUGCGGUGAGGAGAUUCCUUAUCGGAGGACCAUGAAGAGCCACAGUCUGACAUUGGGUCACUUCAAAGAGCAGCUCCGCAAGAAGGGCAACUACAGGUACUACUUCAAGAAGGCCAGCGACGAGUUCGAGUGCGGUGCCGUGUUCGAGGAGGUGUCCGACGACUGCUCCCUGCUCCCCACCUACGAGGGGAAGAUCUUGGGAAAGGUGGAGAGGAUGGAGUGAGCGCUGCCGGAGUUGAUCAAUAACUCUGCGGAUGAGCCUCCUUCAUGUGCUCUCACACAUGUACGCAGCGUGUGUGUGUGUGUGUUUUUUAAGCUAAGACUUGAAGGACUGGAGAUGUUGUUGAAGGAACGCUGGUUUUUGGGCAUGCGGACUGGAAGCGGGACAAGAUCUCCACAUUACCGGACUAUCAAGUGAAAAGCUCAUCUAGAAGUGAAGAAAACGUGGACUUUAUGCUGCUGGGCUCAAAACUUCCCAGAAGAGGAAUAUCUAGAGACUCUAGGUGAAUGACCACUUGUCAAAGAAGCAGGGCGCUGUGGGUUUAAUUUGAAACUGAGAGCCUACUUGAACCCUCCCCGUGCCCGUGUCUGCCUAUAGUUGCUCACUAGCGCAUUACUAAUAUGUAUACGCAGAUAUACAUGUACAUUGCAUUGUAUUGUGAUGCUCGUAUUGCUGUGUAAAGAUUUCUAUAGCUAUUUAUUGGAAAUACCCCUUUCCCAAAUCCUAUCCAUUUUCUACUUCCAUGGACAAGCUGCUUGGAGUUGGACAAACUUCUCGAAUUAUCCACAUCUGUGAACGCCCCACCCUACUCCACCCAACCCUCUCCUUCUGAGCAUCAGUUCUCAAGCAAAGGUUUUUAUUCCUUUUCAGCCCCUCAUAUUGAACUGUAAACAUCAACAAUACCUCUUCAAGAACUCCACUCCCACUCCGGGACAUCUCCGCUCUCCUGGCCGGAGAGCUUACUGCUGAAGCUUUGAGAAUGGCUCUCUUAUCACUUAAAAGUUCGAUAAUAUAUUUACUACUGCAGUGCUAUUUGUGGAUGUGUCCCCGUCUGCUCUUAGGGGUGGGGGGGUCUUCAGUGUGCUAUGGAAUUUAAAACAAAAAAAGAAAAAAAUGCUAUUAAUGUUUAAUUCCAUACUCUGGGACUGUGCCCAGCUAGCCUUGAUCUGUCACGUCUUAGUGCCUUUGUUUCAGCGGCGCAGGCAUCGCACAAAUAGCCUAUAUAUUUACGAGGAGGAAACUGCCCUGAACAGGUCUUUGAGUCCCCAAAAUGUGUUUACACCAUAUUCAUAUUUACCAAGAAAAAGUUCUAUAAUGUGUUCCCCUAUGUGCUUACCUGUUAGUGAGUGAGUGUGUGUGUGUGCGUGACUGAGAGUAUUUUAAGCCUGCACUAUGAGCUGCAGAUGCUAAUGAUGGUGGUGAUAUAUAUCUAUAUAUAUAUAUAUAUAUAUAUACACUAUGUUCAUAGUGUCUUUAUUUGAGUACAGUAGCUGUGCCUACAUGGAUUCUUGCCAUGUUUUUCACCCAGUUUUCAGGGUCCUGUUACUCCCUUGGUUUUUACAAGGGGCCUUAUGUUGAAAAGAUAUUUUUAUGCCUUUUAGUAUCAUCAUGUUUAUGUUUUAUGGUAUUUUUCAUGGCUUCCUUGGUUCUUCUUGUAAACUGUAAAUUAUGCGUUCUAUAGAGCUCAGUUGAAAAGAUGCCUCGGUACUUUAAUUAUUGUAAUUAUGAAGAGAUGUAGCCUUUAAUAAAAUGUUCUAUUUUUCAAAUUA